AUGGAUUGGAAUUGUUGUGUUGGAUUAUGAUGGCUGAAAGAUAUGAUCGUCAAAUAAGGUUUUGGGGUGAACACGGCCAAGCAGCUCUAAAAGACUGCUCUAUUUACUUUUUAGUAGUCGAUGACAAGGAAACGAGUUGGAGAGACCUGGGAAGAAACUUUUUUGUCGAUGAAGAUGCAGUAUUCAAUCAUAGGUUUCGUGCAGAUACAACUCAACGUUUGUUACAAGAGCUGAACGAUGAAGUGGUGGGAUACAGUCAAACAGUUUCCAUAGAUCGUUUCUUAAAAGAAUAUUCAUCAGAAGAUAGAUUGCUUCCAAUAUUUGUUUGUUGCAGUCUUGACGAACAAAUUUUAUUGAAAACUUCCGAGUUUUGUUGGCGUCACCAAAUUCCUUUUGUAUAUGCAGUUUCUUAUGGACUAUUGGGUUUAGUAAGAAUAGCUAUUCCAGAACAUUGUGUAUGGGACGCAAGAGAAGAGAUGGUUGCCCAAGAGUUGCGAUUAUCGGAACCUUUUGAAGAACUCGAGCAAUAUUGUAAUAAUUUUCCUUUGGAGAGUUUGGAUGAUGCCAACCAUUCCCUCGUUCCUUAUGCAGUUAUUCUUGUUAAAGCCUUCAAAGCCUUUAUGGAUUCACAUCAAGGUCGUCGACCGGAAACUCGAGAAGAUCAGGAAGCUAUUCGUUUGUUGUUAAGGAGUUGGAUGAGAACCCCAACUGAAGAAAACUUUAUGGAAGCUUUGAAGCAUUGCCAUUUCAUUUGGAUGAAGUCUUUGGCAGAACCCAAUGAGUCUCUUCAGAGUAUUUUGAAGGACUAUAAAACUGAAAUGGAAGGCAUUCAGCUACAAGUGGAUAGAAAGGAUCGUAACUUGAAAUUUUGGAUUCUUGUUGCUGCUGUCAAACAUUUUGUUAUAGAAGACGGACAAGGAAAGUUACCUUUGAAAGGUUCAGUACCUGAUAUGAUAUCUGAUACAGAAUCCUUUAUUGGACUACAAAGAGUAUAUAAGAAACGAGCAGAAAAGGAACAUCGUAUCAUUUAUCAACGUGCUCAAUAUAUAUGCAAACAAGUUGGUUUAGAGGAAAACUUUCUCUCUCCUUUGGAAGUUUUCGAGUUUUGUCGAAAUAUUAGGUCUAUUGCGGUGAUGAGAUAUUGUUCUCUACAAGAUGAAUUUCAAAAUAAUACAGUUUUGAAAGAUGCCUUGAAGAGUUGUUUGGAUAGAAAUGAAGAAGACGCUUACUUUUAUAUUGCCUUUCGUGCUUGUCUACAAUUUCAUCAUCAACAGGGACAUUUUCCAGGGCAAGUAAUGAAUGGUAGUUUGAGUUCUAAGGAACCAUCUCUAUUGGAUUAUGAGCAAGAUUAUAUUCAACUUGCUCAUUUAGCUGAAAAGUGGUGUAAAAGUUGCGAUAUUGUAAAGAAUGAAAAACUGGAUGCAACCCUAAGAGAAAUGUGUCGCUAUGGAGGUUCAGAGUUGCAUAGUAUUGCAGCUUUGACUGGUGGAGUUGCUGCACAAGAAAUUGUCAAACUGGUGACCAAACAAUUUAGGCCACUUAGUGGUUGGUUUAUAUUCAAUGGUGCCCAAUCAACUUCAGCUACUGUUUCUUUGUGUACACAUAUAUAGAAAGAGGACUCCAUAAGGAAAGUCCCUUGAUUAUCCAAUGGUUUUAGUAAAAUGACAAAAUAUAUUUCUUUAUUGUACCAAAUAUAGGAUGAAGUUGAUGCCACAUAUUUACAAUGAAAUGGACAUUUCUUCAUAGAGUUUAGUUAUUAGCUCUAGGAAAACUGGGCUGAAAAGGAAGGACAUGUCAUCCUGAAAGAUUUCAUUUUGCUUUCUGAUUCUUAAAAAGAAUUCGCUAAACAAAGUAAGGAUAGCGAUAGGAUAUCUCUUUCACUUGUAGUACAUCGAACAUGUAGUCAAGCGCAUGAACCACAAAGAUAAACUUAGGUUCCUAUCUCUGGGGAUUGUAACUGACAUAUUUCUUUAUGGUCAUUUGACGAUAUAUAAGAAAUGUAGAGUUCUUAUA